AUAAUACACUUCCCACCAGAGCCACGGGAGACCGAAAGAGUAACUUCGGGCAAUUAGUUUAACUUUGACUAUAAAUAUUCCUUCUCAUUCCUUGUGACACUGUUAACAGCUCCGCUGGCAAAUCCCGAUUCUCUGGCAAUAUUUAAGCUGCCUGUCAGUUGGCAGAGGCUCGGUGGUGCCCGGCGCAGGGGACAGAAUGAGACCCGGCUGAGCGCAAUAUAUGCAUCAAGACAAAGAAGCACUCAGCCUGCAUAAGGAACCAUGGAGACCACGAGCAGCACGCCGUCCUCUGUCACCCCCCCGUGGGAUGUGUUUCCCCAAAAGACGCUGGAUGCCAUAGACAUCGCUGUUCUUGUGCUGUACUUCAUCUUUGUCCUUGUCGUUGGGCUAUGGUCCAUGUGGAAGACGCAGCGCAGCACUGUCAAAGGCUACUUUCUAGCUGGAGGACAGAUGGUUUGGUGGCCUGUGGGCGCAUCCCUGUUUGCCAGCAACGUUGGAAGUGGCCACUUCAUCGGCCUGGCUGGGUCAGGAGCUGCCUCGGGAAUUGCCGCAACAGCCUAUGAGUGGAAUGGCAUGUUUUGUGUUUUGGUGCUGGCCUGGCUAUUCCUUCCAAUUUACAUAGCAGCAGGAGUUACAACCAUGCCAGAGUACUUGCGGAAGCGUUUUGGAGGCAAAAGAAUUCAGAUGUUCCUGGCAAUUCUCUACUUGUUCAUCUAUAUCUUCACCAAAAUAUCAGUCGAUAUGUAUGCUGGGGCCCUCUUCAUUCAGCAAGCCUUACACUGGGACCUCUACAUCGCUGUGGUAGGCUUGCUGGCCAUCACAGCCGUUUACACCGUUGCAGGUGGCCUGGCAGCUGUGAUAUACACAGACGCUCUGCAAACCCUCAUCAUGCUGAUAGGGGCUGUGACUCUCAUGGUCUUCAGCUUUGUUGAAGUUGGUGGUCUUGAAGGUUUGCAGACAAAAUACUUUGAUGCCAUUCCCAGCACCCGCAAGGAGAACAGCAGCUGUGGCUUGCCAAGAGAAGAUGCUUUUCACAUUUUCCGAGACCCUGUUAACUCUGACCUUCCCUGGCCAGGAGUUUUGGUGGGAAUGACCAUCCCAUCCCUGUGGUACUGGUGUACAGAUCAGGUCAUCGUUCAGAGGUCCCUUGCUGCUAAAAACCUCUCUCAUGCCAAAGGAGGCUCCUUGAUGACCUCCUACUUGAAAAUUUUGCCCCUCUUUAUGAUGGUAAUGCCAGGCAUGAUCAGCCGAAUUCUCUUCCCGGAUCUGGUGGCUUGUGCAGAUGCGGAAAUUUGCCGAAAAAUCUGUGGCAAUCCCUCUGGCUGUUCUGAUAUUGCUUACCCUAAGCUGGUCAUAGAACUUCUGCCUGUAGGACUCAGGGGCCUGAUGAUGUCGGUGAUGAUAGCAGCUCUCAUGUCCUCCCUGACUUCCAUCUUCAACAGUGCCAGCACCAUUUUCACCAUGGACCUCUGGAAGCAUUUCCGUCCUCGUUGCUCCGAGUGGGAACUCAUGAUCGUUGGCAGGGUGUUUGUGCUGCUGCUCACUGUGGUCUCCAUCCUUUGGAUCCCACUGGUACAGGCUGGCCAGGGAGGACAGCUCUUUAUUUACAUCCAGUCGAUCAGCUCCUACCUGCAGCCCCCUGUGGCAAUGGUGUUUAUACUGGGUUGCUUCUGGAAAAGAGCAAAUGAAAAGGGCGCAUUCUGGGGCUUGGUGAUCGGGCUGCUGCUGGGCGUCAUUCGGCUGGUGCUGGACUUCAUCUACCCAGAGCCCCAGUGCGGCGAGACCGACCGCCGCCCAGGCGUGGUGAAGUACAUGCACUAUCUCUACUUCUCCAUGGUCCUGGCCGCGAUCUCCACGUUCACGGUGCUGGUCGUCAGCGUGCUCACAGAACCCCCCUCGGAAGAAAUGAAAUUCCAGCUUCUGGGUCAUCUUUAUCAACUCUCUUACUAAUUUAGUGAGGAACCAUUUUUACUCGCAGAAAAGAGAAAUCAAGGGCAGAGAGCACACUUCCUCUGGAACAGGUUUGUGCCAGUUUGACUAUUUUCAAUAGAUAUACUGAGGCUACAGAAAAAUGUUAAUAGCAGAAAGGAGGGCCAGAGGGACCUUCAGAAAUCACACAGCCAACGCAUCCUCUUCCUUCAAGACAGGACUAACCCGACACAUUUCUGAAAGACCUGGUGAACUUAUUCUUAGAAAUCCCCAGAGAAGGAGAAUGCCCAGGGAGGUGUGCCGUCAAUUCGAGAGCUCACCUGCCCUCCCAGUAGCAAUUUUUCAUCUCCAGCCUGAAUCUUUCCAGCUUCAUGUUGUGCUCAUCCCUUUCUGUCCGCCCUAUCGCUGAUAUUGAGAACAACCCUCUUUAAUCAGUCUUUUACAUAUGUGAAGAAAAUUAUCAUGUCUCCCACCUGUCUUCUCUCAACAAUUCCAGUUCUCUGAAUCAUUCCUCCCUGGCCACAAUUUCCAUUCCUUUUGCUCCCUUCACUGACCCGCUCUCAGCCUGCAUCCAGUGAUGAUCCUGUGCAGAAAUGCCUCCUCCUCAGUAAAAGAGAAUGAAGAACGCCAUGCUUCAGAGAGCGUAGCUGUACAAACAGCUUAACUCAGCGCGCCGAUGGUAGCCAUCGCUUCUGUUGUUACCAGCUGAGCACUUGGCUGUUCACCUGCUCUAACAGAGCAGGAGAACAGAUUUCGGCCCUUCUAAGUAUUCUCUCUGCAGGCUGCUCUGCUGCUGAGGUAGUCCUUUGAACAACCACGAAAGCAGUUUUCUUUAACACCACUCUUCAUGCCAUCAGAUAAGUCGGCUUACCUGGUUCACACGUGGGGAUCUACCAGUCAAGCAAGACCUAGCAGUCAGCACUUCCCCUGAUGCUGCAAAAGGAGUGUGUGAAGCUGAGCAUCCCGCUCU